AUGGCCGAACCGAGCACCACCAUAACACCCCAAAUCGUCGCAGACGAUCAGCAUGAAGAUGCUCGGUCAGAUAUUGGAAGCAGCAUUGCUUCUUCAAGCACCAGUCUCCGAGCCUCAAUCCUGGACUACCGCGUUGAGAACGGCAGAACAUACCACCGGUACAAAGAUGGCAAUAUGCAGGAUGAGCUUUGGGCCAUCUCAAUGGACUUCGCAUCAGGAAUGGCUCCGCCUGGGCAGUUGGAUGCUGAAGCUGGACGAGUCCUCGACGUCGGUACCGGCAGUGGCAUCUGGGCAAUCAACUAUGCAGAUGAUCACCCCGAUGCUGAGGUCCUGGGUAUUGACCUCUCUCCAACCCUUCCUGACUACGUGCCACCAAAUGUCAGAUUUGAGGUUGAUGACGUCGAAGAGGAAUGGACGUAUUCAAGGCCUUUCAAUUAUAUCCACAGCCGUGUUAUGACAGGCAGCAUCAGCGACUGGGAUUUGUAUCUUCGCAGGUGCUAUGACAACCUCGUACCUGGUGGUUGGGUCGAAUUGCAGGAGAUUGCUGUAUACUGCGACUCUGAUGACGGGACGCUGACUCCAGACCACGCGAUUUCCAAAUGGAGCAAGCUGCUGCAAGAGGCAACGAUCAAGCUUGGGCGUCCUUACAUUGAUCCCGAAGGCCUCCCAGAGAAGGUGCAGGCUGCCGGAUUCGUUGACGUUGCUAUCACUGCAUUUAAAUGGCCGCUCAACGACUGGGCCAAAGACCCCAAGUAUAAGCAACUUGGCAGACUCCAGCUAGAAAAUGGCCUAGCUGGCAUCGAGGGUUUCACCAUGGCAGCGUUUACCAGGGCCUUUGAGUGGACUGCUAAAGAGGUCAACGUGUUCCUCAUUGACGUGCGAAAGGAUGUCAACAACCGGCGAAUUCACGGUUACCUUCCAACCUACUCCAUCAUUGGACGCAAGCCAAACAAGGGAGAAACCUCAGCUGCCCCAGCUCCUGCUUCCUCCGAGACUCCUGCUCCAUCAGAAGCUCCAGCUGCAAUUGAGGCUCCUGCUUCUACUUCCUCUCAGGCCCAAGCACCGAGCUCAUCUUGA